UGUUUGGUUGGCUCAAUCUGAGAAAAGCAGAAAGAAAUCAAACAAUCGUUGUUCAGUAUUCAAUAUUAGAAGAUUGUCCUGUGAGUUCAGUUUUAUCCCAACAUGAGUGCGAAUAAAUAUUCGAUACUGUUACCGACAUACAACGAACGAGAUAAUCUUCCCAUAAUCGUGUGGUUAAUUGUGAAAUACAUGCAAGAAUCAAACAUCGACUAUGAAAUCAUUGUUAUUGACGACGGAAGCCCGGACGGAACGCAAGAUGUUGCUAAGCAGUUGCAGAAAAUCUACGGCUCAGACCGGAUUCUACUUCGACCACGAGCUUCCAAACUGGGCCUUGGAACGGCCUACAUACACGGUAUGGAGCAUGCUAAUGGAAACUUCAUUAUAAUCAUGGAUGCUGAUCUUAGCCAUCAUCCAAAAUUCAUUUCACAGUUUAUCGACUUGCAGAAGUCCGCCGACUUAGAUAUCGUUACCGGUACUCGGUAUAAAGGAAACGGAGGCGUGUACGGUUGGGACUUCAAAAGAAAGCUAAUUUCGCGCGGAGCGAAUUUCCUAACUCAACUGCUGCUAAGACCAAAUGUAUCCGACUUAACAGGUUCAUUCCGACUUUACAAGAAAGACGUCCUCAAGGAGCUUAUCUCACGAUGCACUUCCAAAGGGUACGUGUUCCAGAUGGAAAUGAUUGUUCGGGCUCGUCAGUUAGAAUACAGUAUUGGCGAGGUACCGAUAUCCUUUGUGGAUCGCGUGUACGGUCAAUCCAAGCUGGGAGGAUCAGAAAUCAUUCAGUUUGCUAAGAAUUUACUUUAUCUGUUUGCCACCACAUAAUGGUAUGACUGGAAAACUUGAAUCACAGUGAAAAAAAUGUUGAAAUAUAUUUUACAUACAUUUUAGCCUUUAAGGUUUCCUUUUACAAGGUUA